AUGAGAAGUAAAUCCAUCUUAGCCGGUGCAGUGAAUGUUCCUAUUGAACCUACAUCUAAUGUUGAUUCAAGAACGACAAAUAAUAUUAUAAUCAAAAAUUAUAGUUCUGAGAACUUGAAAGAUAAAGAGCCAGAACUUAAGUCGGUAAAUUUAAACACAGCUUCAAGCGCAAACGCUAAUAGUGAAGUUAAGUUAGAAUAUCCACCUCCAUUAGAGCCCAUAAUUUCACGUGAAGCUCAAGAAGAACUCAAAGGGUUCUCGGGCUCAUUGAGCCCUAACCCUUAUUCAACUAUUCAAACUAAUCCUUCAGAUAACGUAGACCAUUACCUCCUUAAUUUAUACCAAACAAUAUUACUUAAAGACGAUAAGAAGCUUUUGACAAAUCUUAUUAGUAAGAAUCAAAUAAUUUUAACAAAGGAGGAUUGA